AUGGGCUCCCUUACUCCCACCAAAACCGGGGAUGCCGGGAGACCUACACAAGCAAUAAGCACAAGUUCCCACGUGCCUCUCAUCUCUCGAUCAACUUCACAUCAAACGACAUCGAAAACAAACAGUGGUGAACCGAGCCGGUCCCUUCGGAAGGCCGCAUCGACAUCUGCCAGAUUGCCCUCAGGAAACAGACCGAACAGCUCACGACGCAGAGGCCUCAAUCCGGCCAUGUUCGAGGUCGAACUCAGCAGCAAGAUCGACGAAUUUAUUCUAUCACUGAGUCCUUCGAGUCCCAUGGGAGAGCUCGCCAAAGAAAACCGCAGCCUGCACCAGCGGAUCGCCGCGCUACAACGGAACGAAACCGAGUUGCUCAACGAAAAUCAAGAACUUUCCCGCAAAUUGUCGUGGGCUCAGAGAUACCAUAAUAGCCGGAAAAAGCAAUGGAAAGAGUAUCUGUCGACCAAGGAACAAGGGUUCGCAACUCGGGUUGAACAACUUGAGUCCAAGAUAACUCAACUGAAAGAGAAUGGGUUGGCUCAAGGAGCAGACAGUGGGGUUCCAGAUCCGAACGACAAAUCUAUCAUUUCGUGGUUCGUGGCCAAAGGGGCCAGCUGGACCUCGUGGGUAGAGGAGUUUGCCCACCCCGAAAAUAAACGAGUUCAAAACGGCCUCCAUCCUUUACAACUUCGGGAACUUUCAGAGAGCGUCAAGCACUUUGUUCAACUCACGCCUCAAGGUGAGCUACCUGAAGGACUUUUGGGUUCGACUAAGAGCAACGAUUUUCAAACAACUCAUGUCCUGCUUCACGGGAUGCUUGCCCAUUUCAUUACUAUCGAAGCCUUUGCGUCCCCGUUUUGGAUGUUCGAUGCCAUAUCUACCAACCCCAAUGAGUUAGAGAGCCCAAGUGUUCUAGGCCCUAACUCGAUGUCGCCAGUCGGAUUUCGAAUGGACCUCGCCCUCUGGAAUUCUGGGAUAGCUCCGCCUCGCCAUGCCGCAUCCCCUGGGGCUUGGCCAAGGUCAUGGCAGGCGUCACUUGUAAAGUCAUUAUGCGAGUGUGGAAUCGGAGCCGACAUAAACUCUAACAACAUCUCAGAACCCACCCCCCCUUUCGCGGAGGCAAGAUUUCGUCACGCUCGCCGAUUAAAAGACAAGUUCCUCAGGAGUCCCGCCCGGUUCCUUCUUCGAGAUCAAGACCCUGCGGGAAUCGAAAGGCUGGAACACCUUCUCGUACAAGAAAUCGACGCCGCUUUGCGUUUCUCGUGCCAGCUGUGGUCACGCCGAGACGCCCCCAAAAUAACUGGUCUUGCUGAACUUGGAAGGACCCCGUUCCAAUCCGCCAGCGAGAUCAUGGAAUUGUAUCAAGCGUGGUCGACGUCGGCUAUGGAACGGGAGGUCACCACCACCAUGGCACCUAGUUCCCCCUCCCUCGGAUCACAGUAUGACAAUGGAACCAUCAUCACAGUCAUCCAACCCUCCAUCGGAAAUGGCGCCAAAGUCUGGACAAAAGCCCGCGUCCUCGUCGCGGAAGCCAAAUCCCACUCACACAAAAACACUUGGAAUAAGCCGCCAGUUUCCGACAUCACGACCACCACCACCACCACCAGGACCACUAGCAAGACGCCGAUGACGACGAUCCCCAAGUCCGUCGCCGUUGCCCAAGACGAGUCACCGCCUCCUUCUAAAAAUACGACCUCCUUCUCUGGUCGUCGUCUAGCCCCAGCCUCAAACCCAAACCCGAGCCUAAACCCACCAGUCCCAGUCCCGGUCCCGGUUGCAGUCCCAGCCCCGCCUUCCGAUGACGACGGCGAUCCGAGGAGGGAAACGACCUUAAUUCUCCUCCCGAAAAGGUAUCUGUUUCAAAACCCUGCCGCGGCCGCGGGGAAUUUACCGCUUGCCCAAACGGGAACUUGA